AUGCUAAUUGGAAAAUUCGGCACUGAAACCGACAGAGAUGUCACGCUGGCAUGGAACCAAUUGGCUCACUUUUCAGGGCUAUGUAGUAUCCUCACGGCUCUGGCUGGAGCUAUCUGUGUAGUUGCCCCUCAUACCUUAGGGAUGGACCAGUACGCCGAUAUGAUCGACAAAUUCAAGGCUUACCGCGUCUCCUCUCUUCCAGGUAACUUCUCUUUUUGCUUUCCGGGGCACCUUGAGAAACUGGUUCAUUACGUUCAGUCCACGGGUAGGAGACUGAACACUCUGCGGCACGUCGACGUCGGAGGUAGCGCGCUCUCGAAACAGCUUGCGGAUCUAACCAGGAACGUUUUUGAGAACCUUCGAAGUUUAAGGCUUUUCUACGGAAUGACAGAAUCAAACGGCUGCGUCUGUGCCCCGCCGAAGGAUGUCAUCUCUUACACUGACAUCGGGUAUCCUGCUAUCAUGAACGAAAUCAAGGUUGUAAACGUGACCAAUGGUAAAUCACUGGGACCGAAUGAGCCUGGCGAGCUCUGCUACCGCUCGCCCACGGCAUCUAGGGGCUAUUACAAGUGUCAUCGGGAAACUACCCAGUUCAGAGACAGCGAGGGAUGGUGUCGGUCUGGCGAUUUUGCCUACUACAAUACAGAUGGCCGAGUUCACUUCGUGGAACGAAUCAAAGAAAUGAUCAAGUGCAUGGACCAACAAGUAGUGCCUACAGAACUCGAAGUGCUGCUCGCCAAACACGGCGGUAUCGCCGAGGUGGCUGUGCUGGGUGUGCCACACCCGGUCUACGGAGAAGCACCGGCCGCCAUCGUCGUGCCCAAGAAGGAGAUCGAGAACGUUGGUGGAGCAAUGGAAAGAGAAAUCAAGGAUAUCAUUGCAGGAACCUGUGCUGAGCACAAGCAUCUCUACGGAGGCGUCUUCUUCCUGGAAGCUCUUCCGAAAACGGAGAACGGAAAGGUUCAGAGGAAAGCACUUUUCGAUACUUGGGCUAAGUGUACCCGGCUGCCUCUAUAA